CAGCUUCCUCGGGGCUCUGUGUUUAGGCGUACUUUUGGAGCAUCACUCGCUAAUCCCGCGUUCAUUCGGUCAACCAUACAACUUCCCGAGGCGCACACCUAGGCCAGCUGCCGGAGAGCGCGUUGCUAAGCAACGGGCCGCUACCCUGACCUGCCGCUUUUCUUCCCUCCCUAGUUUUUUUUUUUUUGUCAACCACGGGACCAAAGUGAAAUCCGGCAGGUGACCCCGAGAGAGCGGUGCUGCAGCAGAAGCAGAUCGUCUUUCAGCAGGUGGGUUAAUUCUCAUGGAAACCCGCACGGCCGUGCCCGGGAGACAACCGCAUCGGAAUGCAUUAAAGAAAACAAAACUCCGAGACGACGACGGGACAUGUCCGAAAGUUCCUCAGGCGUUGUUACAGGCACCGAUAGCUCGCCCAACUCUUACUCCUCACGGUACUCUGAUCUCAGUGACACCAACACUUCGCUGGCUUUGGUCUCAAGGAACAGAAGCACCGCCAGUGAAAAACAUAGUCCAGACUCGGGCAUUGCGUCACCUUUGCCAUCAGACCGAUUCAGGUUCGUAGCCUGGCAUAAUUUAGAGGAACAUGGUGUCCGAGGGGACCAGCUAACCAGUCCCAGAGUCAGAGAGGGUCCAGCAGAAGAAGAACUUAUCCUGAGAGGGGAAGAAAAUUACAUAAUAGCAAGAAGAAAUAAAGGAGAUAGGGAGAAAUGGGAAGAAAGACUACAGGAGAACUGGGAAAAUGUCAUGGAAUUGAAUUUGUCGUAUCAAGACCUUGGAGACCCCUACCAACUGGAGAAUUUUACCAGGAUACUUAGAAGAUUAAUUCGAGUGGAGAGGCUGCAAUUAGUGGACAACUGUUUAAGGGACUUGAGUUCUGUUCGAUUGCCAAGACACCUGCCAAAGAUCCCUCAAAUUCAACACUUGUCCCUAGCAGAAAAUAACAUCGGGACACUGAGAGAUUUGUCAGACCUGAGGACAACACCUCUGGAGUCACUGACUUUGAAAAGGAAUCCCUGUGAAUUUCAGGAAGACUACAGGUCAAAAGUGUUCUCUAGUUUGCCAAAAUUAAAACUUCUGGAUGGAAUUCCAAAGCUACCAUCAGACUGCGUGUCUUUGGAAUCUACCAUGGCUUCCAAAAUGUGUACAAUACUGUAAGAGCUGGCUAGUGGGUGUGUAAAGAGCUAUCCUAGACACCUUUUAGUUUUACACCAAUGCAAUUUUGACAUCAGAGUACUGUGUACUUAGACUGUGCUAAAUGAGCAGUUCUUACUAAAACAUAUGUAUAUCUAUGAUGGAAAUACUUUCUAUUGAAAUCAGAACUUUUGUCAACAUAGAAGUAAUGUAUUGAAAAACAUACAUGGAAUUUAUUGUUCUAAAGUCCUGAAAGCCAUUGUCUGCAUAUAUACAAGUUAUCAAAAGCCAUUUUCUACAUGUGCAAUGUAAGUUGUCAUGUAUACUGUAUACAGUGGUCUGUAAUAUGUACUGAUAAUGGAAACUGUAAAUGAAAAUUCAUAUUGUAGCAUUGGUAUGCUAAAGAAUUAAAACUUUGAAACAGAA